UUUAUUAGAAUAGAGUCAUCCAAUAAAGCGAAAGAGUGAGAAGCCAUGGAAUCGUUAAAGGGGUUUUGCUCUCUGAUGAUCCUCCUCAUCAUCAAUAUAGUUGCACUGUCCACCAACCUCAAUCCUGUGGCUGCACAAGUUGACGUCAAGACAUGUGCAGAUGGAACAAUGACCAAACAAUGUGGAGAGUCCAUCCGUUUGAGGGUGGCUAUGAACGUAGGGCCGCCACCAACCAAAGAUUGCUGCGCAGAACUUGUAAAGGUCGGGAAGCCCUGCCACGAUGCAUACGUGCAGGAACGUCAUCUUAAGGUCCAUGAUUUUGUGGGAUCCGCUGAAGAUUUACUUAAGAGAAGCGACCAAGUUUGGACUCAAUGCGUUAACUCCAUUCAUCCUCCCGCUCAGGCUCCUGCACAUUUCGACUGAUCAUAUGAUUGGGCCAUGACAAAUGGAGUCUUAUAUUGGAGGAAGUACGGUAUACACGGGGUGAUGACAUUUUGCUUUCAAAAAAUUCGUAUGGGGCAAUUCAAUUGUGGUACUCCUUCAGUUGUAAUCGCUUGUUGGAUGAUAUAUUUGGACUGGGAAGUUAAGUCAUAGCCCAGCCAAUAAAAGAUUUAGUGUUGGAUAUCAGACUCGCUCUCCCGCAGAAGUUCAUUGCUUUCACUAAAUUUUUUUUCUUUCAUAUAAUAUAUAUAAUAUAUAUGGAAAUCGAUGCGAUAUAUGACAUUAUAUAUUGAGCCAGAACAGGAAUACAAUUGUACAUCUGUUGGGCUGCAUCUCAAAGCAUAAUACUUCCAUUUGGUU